AUGGUCUGGAUUCGACUCCCUGACCUUCCGUUAGAGUAUUGGCAUGAGAAAAUUCUCUUGACACUGGCAAAAGCGGUUGGUCGCCCUAUGGCCAUUGACAAGCAUACCCGUGCUGUUUUGAUGGGUGGAUACGCCCGGAUUCAGGUCGAGGUGGAAGUAGGAUCCACUCGAAUCGACGAGAUUCAUAGGAAGAAAGCAAAGGCGCAAGGGAUCCCUGGGGCUGUCGAUAAGGACAAUCCCAACUUAAAUUCCAUCCAUGAAGAAGCACAAAUCCAAUCUGAGGCAGAACGUUUCAGCCACGGCGGUGAUGCCGGUGCCGCUCAGGGAAACGACAUGCACUCCCAAGAUGGUGGUGCAGUGCAGGAAUCUGACUCAGCGGCUGCAAAUCAGGAAGUCCAUGAUUGGCAUCCUUCCCAUUCUGGACUCUCCAAAGAAUCUCUUAAUGAAUCUCCCCAUGGAUCUUCCCAUGGAUCUGGAUCAAGUUCGCCCCAUUCUCAACCCAGCCGAUCCUCACAUGUCUCCAACUCCCUGCGUGAUCAUGGCCCUCCAUCUCAGGACCUUAUGGCUGAAAAUAUCAUCACCUCGAUCCCCUCCACCUCCUUGCGUGGAGGGGCUGUUGAGGUCCUUCACGAGGAGAUUGUAAUGGCUGACGAGCUAUUGGCUGUGGCCGAGAUUGAAACUAGAACAAAAGAGAAAGGAGCAGUAUCUUCAUUUGAGCAGACCAGGAGGAAAUCCUCAGUGCACACGGCCCUGAGAAAAAUCAUCAGUGACAAAAGCCCGGAUAUUUUAUACCUGGCAGAGCCUAUGAUCGAUCCGUCCUCCUAUCCUGCUCGCUUCUUUAGCAAGUUGGGAUUUGAGGCCGAUCUCAUUAGCAACCUCAGGAGAGACAAACCACCAAACCUUUGGCUGCUUUGGAGACAAGGUAUUUCUAAACCAUCAAUUCUCUCAUUUUCUGAACAGAAAAUCACUAUUAGAAUUGAUUGGAAAGGCACUUCAAUUCUUAUAUCUUCAAUUCACGCUAGUUGCUUCAGAGCUUCUAGAAGAGAUCUCUGGGUGGAGCUAGGUUCAGUGUCGAUCCUGGCUGAACCCUGGCUUGUAGUAGGAGACUUUAAUGCCACCCUUGCUUCGCAUGAAAAGCGGGGUCCUGGAUUGUUCAAUAUUGGUUCAGCUGCAGAGUUUGAAGCAAUGGUUGAUUCUUGUAGCUUGAUCAAGCUGCCCUCUCAGGGGCCAAAAUAUACUUGGUCUAACAAUAGAAGAAGAGGCAACGUUGCUGCUGUUCUUGACAGGGGCUUUUGUAAUGAGGAUUGGAUGACCCAUUUUCAGGACUGUGCUCAGCUAGUUCUUCCUAGGGAUUUCUUGGACCACAAUCCAAUCCUCAUCACAUUAGAGGCUUGUCUGAAGCCAAAAAAUUGCCCAUUUCACUUUCAUAAGUUCUGGACGGACUACCCAUCUUUCCUACAGUUGGUCUCUGAUUCAUGGAAUGAAGGAAUAUCUGGCCGCCCCACCUUUGUUUUGACUCAGAAACUAAAAAGACUUAAACCGAUCAUAAGGACUUGGGCUAGGGAGACUUUCCCAAAUUUUGAGCAUGAAUUGGUUAGAACAAGGGAGGUCCUGGACCAGAUUCAAUCCCAAAUUGAGCAGUAUGGAAUGGAUGAUGAUCAAUUUAGGCAAGAAGCUUAUACAAAGUCUGCUCAUCUGGUGGCCCUGAAAAAGCAUGAAAAAUUAUGGGCAGAAAAAUUAAGAAUCAAAUGGCUGAAAGAGGGGGACAGAAACUCCAAAUUCUUCCAUCUCUACACCAAGAUCAAAAGAGCAAAAAAUACCAUUAGAAGAGUUAAAAAAACUGAUGGCUCGAUCAUUUCGGAUAGAGAUGAAAUUGCAAACUACAUGAUUGGGUUUUACGAAGAAUUUCACAAAUGUGUUCCUGUGACGGAUCACUUGGAAUUACUAGAUUCCAUUCCCAGGCUUAUUGAUCAGGUGGACCUUCUGAACCUGGAUGCUAUCCCAGGUCCAAAUGAAAUUAAGCGGGCUGUUUGGGACCUGGACCUUGACAGCUCCCCUGGUCCAGAUGGCUUCCCAGGUUUUUUCUUUAGAUGCUGCUGGGAGAUCAUAUCAAGGGACUUUGAAAUUGCAAUUCGCAAUUUUUUCGUUACAGGUUCGAUGCACCUGAGCUUGAACAACAACUUCUUAGCCUUGAUUCCCAUAGUGAAUGGCGCUAUGACUCUAGACAAGUUGAGACCUCUCUGUAUGGGUAACUUUAUAUGCAAAGUUAUUUCAAAAAUCCUUGCAACUAGAUUAUCCUUUCUUCUUCCAAGACAUAUUUCUGAAGAGUAG